AGCAGCAGCAACAAUAACACGUCGGCGCUUUUUGUUUAUCAAAAAGAAAAAGUUUAAUUAGCGCGCGUAGCGACGACGCAGCCAAAAACACAGUGUUUGCGCUUUUUCGAAGGCUCUCCCGAUUUUCCUUUGCCAAUUUUAUUACGUGUGCGUGCCGAAAUACGUCAUCGACGCGCGCAGCCAAAGUGCGAACAAUAACAAAAACAACGGCAACAACAGGAGCGAACGGCAGCCAUUGAAAGCUUCUGAGUGGGCAGUUCACAUGCACACAUCGAUACAACAGUGCGAACAUACAAGCAUAUACAUAAAUGCCAAUUGAAUUGAAUUCAAUUGCAAGUACAACGCGCGCAAUCAACAUAAAUCGAGGAAAAUUUCGCUCUGUUUGAAAUAAUUAAUUUGUUAUUGUGUCGUGAGCAACGGCAUUCACAGUGAAACGCAACAGCCGCCGCCGCCGCGUUGGCCAGAGUCAAGCGCGCAACACGUGUGUGCGAGCGAGAUAACUGCACUGUUUCCGUAUUGUGAGCGUAGUAGCGGGUGCAAGUGAAAUAAGGCGUUUGAUAAAAAAAACCAAAGCACAAAGAAAUAAAAAAAAAGAGUACAGCUGUAAACCAAAAUAAGAGCAGAUAAGAAAACGUGCAAAACAGCUGAGCAGUGCAGCAGCAGCCACAACAACAGCAACAACAACGAUAGAAAUCAAACGCAGCGCGCGCACUUUGUGUUCAAUUGGUAAAGCAGUAAAGCAAACGUCUGCGUCGGCAGCGCAGUCGCAGCAGCAUCCCACAAUAAGUGACAAUCAAUUUGAUCAACAAUCAGCCAAAGCAGUAGCAGCAGCAGCAGCAGCCGUCGCCGCAGUCGCAGUCGCAAUCUCUCAUCGUCCCGUGUCCGUCGUAAUCACAAGUUGGGGUUUUUUUUUCUUUCCUUCUUCUUAUUUUCUCUGCUGAUCAUCAUUGUCGUCGUCGUCGUCGUCGUCGGCUCGCGCUCGGUUUUGCGUUGAGGCUUGUGUUGAAUUCGGGAACUGAAACUGAAACUGUAUCUGUAGUUUCCCGCUAACGGCGAAUAUUCUCACAACUCAUUGAUAUUUUAACCUCGUGUCCGUGUUGGUUGCCGCUCGACCAAGGUUCUGGCCACACAAAAUGCUCGUCUCUUUGGGCUUUUCGAAGCCUCGCUUCGUCGGAUUAAAAGUGCUCCUAUAGCGCGAAAAUCAAAAAAUAAACCGGCAAAUAAAUAUAUAUAUAUAAAUAAAAGGUAUUCAAUUGGCAGCAAUACGUGUAUGUAACAGUUAAUGAAAUAUAAAUAUAAAUCGCUGAUAUUUGAAAAUCGCGCGCAAACAAAAACCGCUCGAUGCAAACAUAAAAUUUUCGAUUAAACAAAUACGUGUAUAUUAUGCAAAUUUAAAUAAUUAGCGCUGCAGUUCGAAAGCCCGUUUCAAAAUACGAAAAGAAAAAAAAAACAUGCGUGUGUAAAACCUAAAAAAAAAGGCUCUAAUUUAACACCUAAUACAAGCAAAUAAUAUAUAACAGUUCACGCACACCAACAUAAACUAAUACGCGACACACAUGCAAACCUGAAUAAGGCUUUCAAAAACUUUAUCAGUUUCGCGCACCAAUACCAGCAAUCAGUUACCAACACACACACAGAAAGACAUUUAUAAAUAACACGCACACAACGACAGCAGCUGUUACUCUCUCGUCUAUGUGAGCAGCGAUUAAACUUGAAGCAGCGAUAGCAGAAAAAAAAGCAAAAAACCGAAAAAGAAAUAUUAGCAAAGCUUUGCAGCGAUUUUUACACUCAGCGGCUAAACAGAAUAAAUCUGUAGCGCGUCUGGAAUAGUUGUGUCUCACGGUGUCUUCAGCAAAAGCUUUAAAAAAAUAUUAAAUAUAUAUUUAUAUAUAUAAAAUAUAUUAAAAGUAUCUGAGCUAAUUGUGUUUGAUAAAAGUGUGGAAUAGUGUUGUAAAACAAAUGCAACAGUUAAUUGCUAAAUUUGUCAAGAACUCUGUCCCAUUGUCAAACUAACUGUUAUAAUGUGCGCCAUCUGACAGUGUCAAACUAAAAAAAAAAAAAACAACAAAUAAUUCAAAAGGCUUACAUAAGGUCAUAUAAGAAAAUCAAAAUAUAUAAGUGAAGUCGUACAAGUGCCAAAAACAUUUGCUUUGCCGCAUAAUUAGAAAUGUCAAAUAUCUGACACACAAUAAUUAAAGCUCACUCGACAAGCAGCAAAAGCUUUAAUAACAGUUAAUUCACGCAAAGUGCAUUCAACACACAAGCUCGCUAGAAUGUCAGCAGAAAUCUGACAGCGGUUUAACAAACCAAAAGAACCAAACACCAAAUCAAAACAAAAGCCGAAAUUGAGGAGAAACGGACGCGUUUCGAAAUCUCAAAAGAAAAAAGGAGGAAAGUUACAGAGAGGAGAAGAAGAAGAAGAAGCAGUAGAAGAAGAAGACCACAGCGACUGUUAACUGUGAACUGUUGUGCUGCAUUGCUAACGCCCCGCCCCGUCCCCAACGUUCAGAAACUUAACGAUAAAUGGAGAAAUCUGAAAUACGACUGCAACGCAUGUCAAAUGUAUAUCAAUCGCAAUCGAGCUAUAUGUAUUUGCGUAACAAAAUGCUGUUAAAAAUUGAAAACACCCUACUACGUAGCCAUCGUCAGCGUGAGACAACCGGGAUCAAGAAACUAUAUAAUUCGUUUUUUGUGCUCUUCUAAUUGCAUCAAAGUUCUGAACGCCCGAAGAACGCACAACGUUAAAAACAAAAACAAAAACAAAACUAUAGAUAUUAUUUGGUUGUUAGUUGUAUACAAAAUCCAAGUGCUGUGCUAAGAGAAAACAAACAAAAAAAUAAAAAAA